GUGCGGAAGUCACUUUAGUUAGGAAACACUUCGCUGUAGGAGUCCCACUCAUUUGGGAGUCGUCAGACAGUUCACCUGCUCCGACUGUCUGAUGCAAGAAUCUCUGUGCAACUAGUGGGAAAUGGGAAUCUCCUUUCUCAAAGUAAAUCCAUUUGUAUUACCUUUACUUGAUUAGUACUCACAGAAUUUGACAAAAGAGAGAAACCUCUUGCAUUAUAUAGGAGUUAGAUUUUCCAUACUUUCACUCACCAUCUCUCAACCAAAAAUGAAGAGACUACGCAUCUUAACCGUCGUUGCAAUAGCCUUCAUCACUUCUCUGCCAGUACAAGGAUCCAGCACAAACUGCUCCUACUCCGUCGAGAUUGAGACAACGUGUGCACAAUCAGCCGCAACCUCGGACCAUGUCAGCGUCAGGUUCGGGGACUCCGAGGGCAAUUUGAUCAUAGUGAAGCAUCUGAACAACCCUAAGCCAUUGUAUGCUGCAAAAGGUGGUGUGAGACGUGGGGGGUAUGGCGGGUUUGGACGAUGUGCCAUAGACAUGUUUGAGGCCAGUGGACAAUGCAUGAGCCGGAGGGUGUGCUAUCUGUACCUGAAGAAGGUUGGGUCGGACGACUGGCGGCCUGGCUGGGUGAGGGUGCUUCAUCGACAGGAUGGCGGCCGGGUGGUAGUGCCGGUUUCUUACAUGUUCUAUUUUAGAACGUUUGUUCCAGAAAACGUUUGGUAUGGGUUUGAUUAUUGUCAUUCCAAAGGUGGUGGUUUUGUGCCCCAUGUUGUUAGUUCUAAUGAGUAGCCUUCUUCUCUUUCUUUCUUUUUUCGGGUUUUUGCUGUCUUUCGAUUUGGUUUAACGAAGGCAAACAGUUUAAUGAAUUUUGAAAACCUCAGCGGAUUC